UUAUAACCGUUUUAAAUUUAAAUCUGCCCAGCAAUCGUUAUAAAAUAUCUAAAAAUAAAUCCUAAUCCUGUAACGACUGGAAAGGUCGUGGAAGUCUUGGAAAUUCACUUAUCAAAACGCGCGGCAGCCUGGACAUAAGACUACUAGAACUGACUGCUUAUUGUUCAUUCAUAAUCCGUAAUACCUACAUGAUCUAAUGUUAAUUCACUAAUCUUAAUUUUAAACGUAAAAUGUAUUAGUAUCAAUUGGAAUUGACAUAAACCUAGUUUAGUACAUGAUACCUGUAUUAACUAAUGCUAAUAAAGUGGCCCUAAUGAGAGUCUUGGCUUCACUUCACUUCACUUUACUUUAUUGUGAAGUGUUCUCGCCAUUAAAAAUUACUCCGCUGAACAAAUUACAGCUCUAGUCUCUGAGACGUUGCUUUUGUUUUGUCUUUAAAACAGCUUAAUCCCUUAUCUACUGCUCGCAUCAGCAGUUGAAUCAAUGAAAGUAAUAUUGUCAUAAUAAAUAAAUAUUUCCGGAACACAAGCAGAAAUUUGAGAAAUCAAAAGGCAAAUUUUUUUGACAAAACAUUUAGAGGGAAGAACCGGCUACACCACCGUCUGCGCAGAGCAGUUGACAGCUGCUUCGAGGCGGUCAGUUACACAGGAGCAUGGCUCGGACCUGGGGUAACUUUUUCUUGUCUCUACUCGAUUACAAGACCGAGAAAUUUGUCAUCGCUAAAAACAAAAAGGUCGGAGUUCUGUUCAGACUCUUUCAGCUGGGGUUGAUUGGAUAUCUGAUCGGGUGGGUUUUUCUUUGGAAGAAAGGCUAUCAGGAGACUGAGGAAGCCAUCCAGAGUUCUGUGAUCACUAAACUCAAGGGUGUAGAUCUCACCAACAGCUCUCAUUAUGGUCUGCAGUUAUGGGGUGCAGAGGACUAUGUCAUUCCCCCACAAGGGGAGAGAAUCUUCUUUAUUGUGACAAAUUACGUAGUGACACCCAACCAAAGGCUGGGUUACUGCCCUGAGAGUCCUAAAGUACCAGAUGGUUUAUGUAAUUAUGACAAUGAAUGUGUGGAAGGGGAAACUGUCAUAGCAGGCCAUGGAGUGAAGGCAGGCCGCUGUAUAAACGACACAGGAACGUGUGAGAUUCAUGCCUGGUGCCCUGUUGAGCAUGGCCAGACAACAUCGGAGCCCUUGCUGUCAAAUGCAGAAAACUUCACAAUCUAUGUAAAGAAUUUCAUCAAGUUUCCAAAAUUUGCCUUCUCCAAAUCGAACGUCCUGCCUACCACCAACAGCACAUAUCUGAAGACGUGCAGAUAUGACAAGGACCAUCAUCCCUAUUGUCCCAUCUUUCUUGUGGGAGAUGUGAUUAACUGGACUGGAUACAGUUUCCAGGAUUUGGCAACAAAGGGUGGUUCAAUUGGAGUUGGAAUCGAGUGGAAUUGUGAUUUGGAUAAAGAUGAAUCUCAAUGUAACCCUGAAUAUAGCUUCACACGCUUAGAUUCCUCUAAAAAUUCACAGAACUCUGUCACUUCGGGUUACAACUUCAGAUUUGCUCGAUACUACAAUGAUGCAGCAGGUCAACCCUAUCGGAUUCUAUUUAAAGUGUAUGGCAUUCGGUUUGAUAUAUUAGUUAAUGGAAAGGCUGGGAGAUUCAGUAUCAUUCCUACAGUGAUCAAUAUUGGCUCUGGACUUGCUUUAAUGGGUGCUGGGGUUUUUGUCUGUGACAUGAUUCUGCUCUACAUGAUGAGCAAAAGCUCCUUCUACCGAGAGACAAAAUUUGAGGCAGUCACAAAAAAGAAAUCUGGAAAGCACAGAGAGAGAAAGCAUGUAAGACAUCACGGUCAUCAUCGCCAAGAUGGGCGACACAAGAGAGAGGAGAAACAGGCAACAGAGAUGCAGCCAUUGACAUCAGUGUCAUGUCAGCCCAAUAACAACCCAGAGAGACAGAUCCAGCCCACAGGCUCAGCACUCAAAACCCACAGUCCUGAGAGAAAGCCACAGGGCACAGUGUCAUUCAGGACUCAGCACGCUACAGAAAAGCAGAAAAACAUUUCACCUGUUUCCACCCUGAGAACACCACGCAACCAAUAGAGGAUUUUUUGAUGCUGAAUCCCAUUGGAUUUACUGUGGAUGUAUGAAAGGUAUUAUAGCGGGUCUAUGCUCAGUCAUACCAAAGAGGAAUACUGCCAGCGAUGUAGUGCUCUCCUAGCGUUUUGAAUAGCAAUGGAUUUUUGAUUUUUUUUUUUUUACAAAGGAUUUGCAAUAAGAUAACUAAAUUAUUUAUUAUAAA